AUGAAUGGCGAUGAUGAUGAUGAUGAUGAUGAUGAUGAUGAUGAUGAUGAUGAUGAUGAUGAUGAUGAUAAUGUUCACGAUAGCACCGACAGUGGUGAGACAUUACCAAAUGCCAAUAAAAGUGACAAAAGUAGGAAUUCUCUACUCUGUUUUAAAAGAAAGAAGUCACCAUACAAGACUAAAGGUACCACGCCUAGUGACAAAAAAAUUAAGAAACCUACACGUUCAACAAAGCCUUCCAAUAAAGCUACACUUUCAAAACAUACAACGUCUAAAAAACAUCAAGCUAAAACGUCAAGAAAUUCGCCAAUAUCUUUCACAAACAUUACUGAAAUAUCUCUGUCUAAAGAAGAAGAUGAAGUAAAAAGGAAGUCAUUCAAGGAUGAAGACCAUGGUGUCACUGAAACUACAAUACAACACAGAGGCAUAGAAUCACAUGAACCUGUGAAAACUGAAGUUGAAGAGGUUGAAAAGUUAUCACUGGAAGAGUAUGUUCUACUACUUCAGGAGACUUUCGACUAUUACAACAGAAAUACAGACCAAAGACAAGAAGAGCAGCUAGAACAACCACAACCACCACCACCACAACAACAACAACAUUAA